AUGGACUUGCUCGUGGUUGGCACCAGCAAUGGACUAGUAUGUUGCGUCGACGGUUCCAUAGUAUUUGACCACACUAUCAUAAUCAUGAACCCGUCUAUUCGAAGAUAUAUUGCGCUUCCGAAACCCAAUAAUGUCACUUUAACUAGGCUUAAACCGCGUUUCAUGGAGAAAAAUAGUUUGCUAGGGUUUGGGUUUGACCCCAAGAACAAUGAUUUUAAGGUUGUCGAACUUGUUUACAAGGCACAAGCUUAUCCUGAUCCACAAGUUGGUAUCUUCUCUCUUGCUUCCAAUGAAUGGAGAAACAUAUCGCACGAUAAAGCUCUUUCUUCAUUGUUUUCCAUUUUCAUCCAUGGAAUGGGAUUUAGACGCGAGCAAGUUUGUGUCAAAGGUGUACUGCAUUGGCUGGUUCGUGCUUCCUACAACAAUCGAUAUUGUCGGUAUUUUAUGCUAACGUUUGAUUUGCUUGAAGAGAUAUUUGGAAAAUUGAUGUUACCAAGAGAUGAGACAUCAAAACCAUCUUUUUUGUAUGGAAGCAAUGAUUCACUUGUUGUGGUUUAUGCGACAUAUUCAGAGUCAUUUAGAAUAUGGGUGAUGACAGAAUGUGGAGAUGCAGAUUCGUGGAAUCUUAGGUAUUGUUUUGAUGCAAGACAUUAUGGAGGCAUAUCAAGAGUGUUGACUCUCAAGUGUAGUGGAGAAGUAGUUCUACAGAGAAACAAUGGUGAGAUAGUUUUGUUAGACCCUAAGAAACAUUUGGUCAAGUGGGUUGGACAUGAGAGAUUUGUUAGUGACUUUGUUGGACAUCAUGUGGAGAGUUUGAUUAUGAUAAACACAAGAAAAGGCAAAUAA